CCCUUCUACUGGACUCUGGCCUUCCUUCACAGUAACAUCAAUCUUCGUUCUCCUGUCGCUGGCCUUCCCUCCAUUUUCUUGCCUCGUGUCGCCGAGCCAGUGUUUGCGUUAACGUACGCGUCGCCUCUUCCUUCGACUGCGUUCGAGCAGCAAACCCGACGGUUCCUUAGACGUCGUUUGUCGUAUUAAGUUGGAGAAGAAGGUAUCGAGCAUCUGCUGCGGCCAUCCAAACUUAAGAGGAACACAUGGUCUUCCCUUCUAUAUAGAACCCCGGCCCCAACGAUGGAACAUUAAGCUGAGGGUAAGUGAUAUAUGGAGGAGUUGUGUGAGUCGGAUGUGAUGUGGCCGGACGGAGACGAGCGGCGGCCGUGCGACGCGCAUAAAGCGUGCAGCAGUUCGUCGCGCGCUCGGACUCGGACGACGUCCGCUCCGGUGGCUAUCCCGAGGGCCAGGGGCGCGCCAGUGGUCGACGAGGACCGGGAGACGGAGCUGGUGCCGCCGCAUGUCCUGGCGUCCCGCGGUAGGACGGUAGGGAAGGCGGCCUUCUCGCUGUGCACGGGGCAGGGGAGGACGCUCAAGGGCCGGGAUCUGAGCCACGUCCGGAACUCCGUGCUCCGGAUGACCGGCUUCCUCGAGGGAUGAGGAUGGAGUUGCAGUGGCGGCGCUGCGGGAGGAAACCAGAACCAACGCUGCGGGGAGAAGCUUCGAUUCAGUCUUUUGUAAUGUACACCUGAAGAGUGGUGUGUGCUGCUGCAAUCUACUGUAACCGGAAACAGAGUGAAGAAGACAUCAAUGCACCAAAUUUUUCCUCUGUU